CGUAUCACGUCAUUUCUCAUUAGCCAAUGAGAGAGUGGUAUACUCCGACGUCCUUACGCGCAUUACGUCCUAGUACAGGAGGUUGGCUUGUAGGGAAACUCGUGGUUCUGUCUCGAAAAGUCGUUAGGACUCCAGCAAUUUGUGAGUUUUUAAAGAUGUUUGGUAAGGCGCAGACUCAAUUAAUCCUGUGAUAACAUUGAAUCCGGUCGUUACAUAAAUCACGGAGCGUCUUUUUUGACGAGUUUUAAGCAACUAGCUAGCUGCUUUUGGCUUUGUGCUGCUAGUAACGUCACCCUAGCUUGGACCUUCAUCAUAACACUGGCGGUUUAACGCCUAGAUAGCUUGUUAAAUGGCGGCUAACCACUGAGCUAACUGUUGUAUUGCAUGGUAGCAACACACGACUGGAAAACUACCCAAAGUCGCUGGAACAAGUAAGUUAGCUGAUAGACUUGGUGACCUUCCAAACUUCUUUAAAUGGACAGCCACUACCGGUGACUAAUGAUUAGUCUGACAUGAUAUCGGUCGGUAACGUAAUAGUUGAGGCAACAUUCAACUGAUCCACCGCACUUUUGGUUGUCAUUUUGAAAUUAAAAAUCGUGUUUGCAUUAUGCCUCGUCGUUCUAUGGCACACCUGAUGAGUCUUGGAAGUCAAGUGGCCGGUUUAACCUCACCACAUGGAAGCUUACCUCGUCUAAUUCACACUUCAUCGCGCAACUCAUCAUCCAAACCGAAACAUGGAUUUAAACCCGGAAAAAUAGCAGUGGUCACCAAGACAACAAGAUAUGAGUUCGAACAGCAGCGUUAUCGCUAUGCGGGCCUUUCCGAGGAGGAUUUGAAACAUCUGCUCGCCAUGAAGGGUUCCAGCUACAAUGGCCUUCUGGAAAGACACAACAUCCACACAAACAACGUGGACCAUAUUGUGAAGAGCCUACACAAAGAAGGAAUUGACGUGCAAGUGGUGAAGAGGGGUGAAUAUGAUACUGAUGUAGUGCAAUGGGCAGAUGCUAUCAUCUCUGCUGGAGGUGAUGGGACAAUGCUGCUUGUUGCCAGUAAGGUUUUAAGCAAGGACAAACCAGUUGUCGGCGUAAACACAGACCCUGAGAGGUCAGAAGGUCACCUGUGCUUACCUGUUAAAUACACUCGCAAGUUCCCGGAGGCACUUGGGAAACUCUGCCGUGGUGAGUUCAGGUGGCAGUGGCGUCAGAGGAUUCGACUGCACCUUGAGGGCACCGGCAUAAAUCCCACUCCUCUAGAUUUGCACGAGGAGCAGCUGAGCCUGGAGCAGCACAGCCAAGCCCAUCGCAUUACCACCAUGGACAACCAGCAGAAGAUGGGAAUACUGAAUGAGAGCGUCUCUAAGCCCAGUCUUCUUCCCAUCAGGAGCCUGAAUGAAAUCUUCAUUGGAGAAUCUUUGUCUUCCAGAGCAUCGUACUAUGAGAUCUCGGUGGAUGACGGUCCAUGGGAAAAGCAGAAGAGUUCAGGCCUCAGUAUUUGCACUGGAACAGGAUCCAAAGCUUGGUCCUACAACAUCAACAAACUUGCUGAACAAGCAGUGAAUGAGAUCCUAAAAAUAGGGAAGUAUCAGACUGGCCUUGAUAUUCCACUAAACCGCCAAUUCAUUGAAAAAGUUACUGAUGAGUACAACGAGUCGCUGGUGUUCAGUCCUGAGGACAGACGUUUGUUCUUCAGCAUUCGGGAGCCAAUCGUCAACAGAGUGUUCUCCAGCAGCCGGCAGAGAGGCUUCGCAAGCAAAGUGUGCGUUCGCUCUCGGUGCUGGGACGCCUGCAUGGUGGUGGACGGCGGGACGUCGUUCGAGUUCAAUGACGGCGCCAUUGCAACAAUCAGCAUGAGUGAGGAGGAUCAGCUGCGCACGGUGCUUCUGGACAACUGAGCACACCAGACUGACUUCUUCUAAAAACCACUUAACCCACACUCCCACCAAGUAGUGGUUAAGCGCUGCUUUCUUAUUUAUUCGCUUUUCCACUUGGAGAUGGAGAAAGUUGGUGCAAAGAUAUUUUUGAAACGCGGUUUGAAUUUUUGUAGCUGUAGGCGAGAAUGAAGUGCGCUAAUGAGAUCACACGAGGGGAAGUCUCGUGUUUUUACAGCGAGAGCAAUAGAGGUUUAUAUAUGAGGAAUUUAUUUUUUCACACAUUAAAUCUCAUUUUUGAAAUAACUUGAAAUGGAUUUAUAUUGAAAAAUCAUGCAUCUUGUACCUCAACAGUAUUGUGACAUCUAAUGUGCCAUCUUUCCUUGUCACCGUUUUUAAAUAAAAUUCAUGUGGGG